AUGAAGGAUAUAGCCGAGUGGAUGACAGCGAAACAACUCAAGCUUGCCCCUCAGAAGUCAGAGGUAGUACUGCUGGCAGCAGGCAGAAAACUGAAAAGUAACACAAUUGAAUUGGAGGAAACGAACAUCCGUAGCCAAGAAUCUGUCAAAUACCUGGGAAUCCACAUGGAUCGAAUGAUGAAAAUGGGAGCUCAUGUUAGAAAAAUAGCAGAGAAUGCGGGAAAAGCCAUAAGCAACAUAAGCAGGAUAAUGCCCAACAUUGGGGGUCCUCGAGAAGGUAGCAGAAGAAUGAUAUGCUCAGUCGCCCAGUCGAUCAUGCUAUAUGGAGCAACGAUAUGGAAAAGAGCCAUGGAAAAAAAG